UCGUUUGAGACCUAGUUAAAGAGCACGCGACUGACGACGUCGACACCAUUAGACAAUCCCCUUUGUGAUCGAAAGAGAGGAUUCAAGGCAAGAAAACCCUAAUUUCCGAGAAGAAACCACCGUUGGCGGCGGCAAUGGUAAGAUCAUUGUUUUUGGUUGCGUGUUUUUAUAAUGGCGAACAUUGUGGUGCAAUUUAUGAAAUCGAAAUUGGUGACGGAGGAGCUAAAUUCAUCGAUCCUCCGCGUAAAUUGUUUACUUGCUUUGAAGAAAGAUGUAAGACAGUGGUUGAUUGUGAUAUGAUAGGAUCGGAGAUAUGCUUGAUGGCUUCGUAUAGACCACUGGAUAUGCACAAAUUUAUCCCGUUCGAACCCCUUGUUUUCAAAACAGAUGCCAAAGUGCUCAUGGAGUUGCCAAUGCCAAAAGCAAAAAAACCUUAUCCGAGAGUGAUGGCAGUGCAUGGAAGAGGGUUUUAUGUGCUUGCUUCAGAUACCAGGUGUUCCGGCAUCCUCACAAAAUCCCCUUCGUUUGAACGUUUGGAUCAUCCUAAAGGCUAUUGGGAUUCUUCUCCUAUCCUACCUGAGUACCGUGCGGAGGAAAUUGGAAGCAUGUUUGUCUCGGGUCGAGCAGUCAUCGGUGACAAUAUUCUCAUUUCAGUUGUAAGUUUAUUUUCUAGUACCACAACUGAAUUCCAUUGUUACAAAGUCGGGAGUUCCAUGGAGGAGUGGCAGGUCGUCGAAAAGGAAGAAAAGGGGGUGACAUAUUACUACUUCGAUGGAACGGCUGCGUGUGUUGAUGAUUCGGUAUUCUUUUUGGUAGAUUGUUGUCUGUUGGUUGCAUUUAGUGUCAGAUUUUCUCGCGGUGGUAUCAUUCAAUCUCUCAGUGCUCCACGGAUAAUUACCCGACUGCAUUCACCAAUGUUUCCAGAAGACAGAUACACCUCAUGUCUUGUUCAUUUGGGAAAUAGAGAAUUUUGUGUGGCGAGGACUGAGUUCGAUUUAAGGUCUCGUAGUAAAGUUCAAUAUGUCACCAUCAUCACCCUGAAAAUUUCGGAGAGCAUGGAACCGGUCAUCUUGAGUUCAGAUGACUGCGCCUUGAAUACGGAUGGCUUAGGUUAUGCACAAUUAACAUCCCUUUGUUUUAACUCCCAGCGGAGUCAAUAUGACUACAAGUCUGAAUGCCGGACAGGUCUUAAGGACCAUUCUGAGUGCCUUAUGCAUCGCUGUAUCUACACGCCUUUGCAGCCAAUGAACAUUGAUCCACCAAAGCUGGAGUCGGUACCUGAGGGCAGUCAACCUGCUAUAAAAAGAGUCGGCAGCUCAACCUCUGUUUCUGGGAAAAGAAAUAAGGCUAAAUCGGUGUGGGAAUUCCUGAAGCCGCUGGGUCUUCGAGACUAUUCAUUUAUAUUCGAAGAUGAGGACAUUGAUAUGCCACGUCUUGCAAACAUGACUGGUGAGGAUCUCAAGAAGAAAGGGUUACCGAAGGGACCAAGAGAGACGAUACUUUUGGCAUUGAAGUCAGAGGACACAAACUAGAGGGCAGCGGAGGAUGGCUCCUUUGUGCCUUUGGUGGUGUUUGUGGAGGGAGCGCAAUAAAAGAGCUUUCGAGGGACAGGAAUCUUCGGGUGCUGCUCUCAAAUCUUCUGUUAUUAAUUCCCUUUCUUUUUGGGGUUCGGGUAGUUUUUGUUACUCCCCUACGGAGACUAUUGAUUUUCUGGAUUCCUUGGGGCCUUAGGUCCCUGCUUUUUAUUGUAUCUGGGAUGCGUUGAACACUUUUUAUUAAAUCUUAUU